AUGGGCGCUGCAUCAGCGGAUGAUGAUGCGGAUACAGGACAAGGAGCUGGCACCGGUGGGAGCAAGCCUCGUGUAUCUACGCCGUUAGUUAUUUCAAAAAUCAGACAGUACAAAGAAGGAAAUGCUGCCUUGUUUGCUUGGGAAAUACGUGAAAAGCUGCUUUAUGACGGAAUAUGUCCAAGAGAUUCUCUACCGUCAGUCUCCUCCAUCAACAGAAUUCUUCGGAGAUCGCCUAAAAUGUCUAACCAGGAGAUUAUGGAUACAGUAAGGAACGGCAAAGAAGAGUCUAAUCUUCAACUCAAAGAAGCUGAAUCGGUUGGAAAUAUCUCCAGGGUUAGUUUCCUUCAUGCAUUGGAUCGCCGGCAGCAGCCAAUCGAGUUGCAAAGCAUAUGCAAUGAGACAAUCGAUUCCACCAGGAUGAAAUCGAGUUGUAGCAGAAGCCACGCAUCUGAUUUUCAUUCAGGAAAAAACUCGAUUGACAAAGAGAAAAGGUUCGUCUUUCAGAAACAAAAUGAAAUGAAAUGCACUGACAUCUUGUCUGAAGAACAAUUUCCUGCAGCGUCUACUGCAGCGCCCAUUUGCGAUUCUUCCCUUCUGUUGUUUGAAACGAACUCUGGCGUUUCCGGCAAUAAUUCGACUCCCCAUCCAGUUUCGAAAAUAACUAGUUCUGCAUCCAGUUCCAUCAUUUCUCCUCGCCGCAAGGAAGUUUCUGUUGCCCACCCAAUGCCUGACAAUUAUCAAACGUGUUCCAAGCCUUUAAUAAAUGCACUUCAUGCAAAUAUAGCGGUUCAAGUCGACAAAACCUGCGAAAAUACAACUAUAAAUCCUCAUAGUGAUGAAACAGUUCCUCCCGAUAAUGUCGCCGUGAAAAAAAUAUCCUCAGAAUACGGCAGAGAAAAGCGGACUUUUUUUAUACGGGACAUUUUAGAUUUGGAAAGUAAAAAUGAAGUAUGA